AUGGACGAGGAGUUUACCGACGAGGAGUGCAAGGAUUACAUCAUGGCAGAGGAGGACGUAUCACAAACCAUCUCAGAGAUCGACGUAGACCCGGAACAUAAGUCCUGUCGCCGUCAGCAUCCUUUCCUUCUACAAGGAACAUAUGCGGAGAUUAACCGCCAUUGCACACGACAAACAUCGAAUUUGCCACUGUCGAUUCUAUCCAAGGCAGGGAAAAUAAAGUCAUAUUUUUCUGACCACGCGUACUAA